UGAAAAGACCGAUACCGACUGCUGCAGUCAGGCUUCGUGACAAGAAGUUGCUUUUCGGAGGAAGGAGCCGCAGUGCUCUGCUGGCCUGUCAGCAGAUUUCUGACAACUCCAGACCCCGUUUGCCCUCGCAGCUGGGAUUUUGCCAUCCCAAACCAGAUAUCUGCCGUUUCCCGCAUUGAUACAAGGCGGCGUGUGAAUUGCAACUGCCAGCUACAUCGCUCAAGGGCGAGGACUCUCUUUUUUUUCCCCCCCUUCCUGUAUAGCUGGACGUUAGCGCAAACACGCUGAGAUGUCUAAAAAGCAAAAUACAAAAGAUCCGUCUGGGUUUAUUUUUGAUGUGCAGUCCAAUACUGUGAUGGCCCAAGGAGGAACCUUUGAAAACAUGAAGGAGAAGAUCAGCGCGGUGCGUGCGAUAGUCCCCAACAGGAGCAACAAUGAGAUUGUCCUUGUGCUGCAGCAUUUUGACAACUGUGUGGACAAAACAGUGCAAGCAUUUAUGGAAGGUAAUGCCAGUGAAGUACUGAAAGAAUGGACUGUAACAGGCAAAAAAAAGAACAAGAAGAAGAAAACCAAACCGAAACAGCAAGCUGAAUCGAGCCCCGGCCUCCCAGACCCCGGUAAAUUGGUGUCCACUGAAGAGGAGCAGUCGGCAAACUCGGAGAAGGGUGGAAUUAACGGUUUCCAUGUCAACGGCUGUGCCCACGACACGGAGUCUGUGGACUCGCUCAGCGAAGGUUUGGAUGCACUUUCAAUUGAUGCCAGAGAGCUGGAGGAUUGCGAGUCUGCUGCACCAGACAUGCCUGAUAGAACAGCAGUGCCUGAACUAGAGAAUGGAAUAGCAGACUUUGACACAAAAUCGCUCAUCAUGCAUCCUUCCCAGAGCCCUUCGUCUCUUAGACAGCGGCCUGAGCAGAGGAGUGCUAGCAGGUCUCUGUCCAGAUCAACAGCGAGCAAUUCAACUCCUGCGUCCCUGUCUGUAAUGCGGCUGGAAGAUGUUCCAGUUUCACCUGCAAACAAGAAGCUAGGUUCUAAUAUUGAAAAAUCAGUGAAGGAUCUCCAGCGCUGCACCGUUUCGCUGGCUCGGUACCGGGUUGUGGUGAAGGAGGAAAUGGAUGCUUCCAUUAAGAAGAUGAAGCAGGUCUUUGCUGAACUGCAGAGCAGCCUUAUGGAUCGCGAGGUGGCGUUGCUGGCUGAAAUGGACAAAGUGAAAGCAGAAGCAAUGGAAAUUCUGGUCAGCCGUCAGAAGAAGGCAGAAGCCCUGAAGAAGAUGACUGAUGUGGCAGUGCGAAUGUCGGAGGAGCAGCUGGUCGAGCUCAGAGCCGACAUAAAGCACUUUGUGAGCGAACGGAAGUACGACGAGGACCUGGGCAGGGUGGCGCGGUUCACGUGCGACCUGGACACGCUGAAGAAGAGCAUCGCCUCGUUCGGCCAAG